GCGCACGGGGUUAUAAACCGAUAGUGUGCACACCUUUCUGCCUUAUCCCGAGCCGGUCUGUUUUGGGUCGCACACGUGCGAUUUCACCGGUUUCAAUUUAUUAUUAUUAUUAUUUAUUUAUUUUUGUAUUUAGUAUUAUUUAUAUCACGCACCCAUGGCUACACUCCGGGCGCUGCGGAAACUAAUCCGGCAUUCUCACCAUCAGGCGUGUAGUUUUCAUCUGUCAUCUUCAAGACCAGAGGCUGUGAUCAUCUCCGGCAGGAAGCUGGCACGGCAGAUCCGCAACGAGGCGCGUGAGGACGUGGAGGAGUGGGUCUCUGCUGGAAACCGGCGGCCUCACCUGAGUGUGCUGUUAGUGGGGGACAAUCCAGCCAGUCACUCGUACGUCCUCAAUAAGACCCGCGCAGCAGCAGAAGUGGGUAUCAGUAGCGAGACCAUCCUGAAACCUUCUAGUAUCUGUGAAGAGGAGCUGCUUGACCUCAUCGAGAAACUCAACUCUGACCACAGAGUAGACGGUCUUUUGGUACAGCUCCCUCUUCCUGAUCACAUCGAUGAGCGACGCGUGUGCAAUGCCGUGUGUCCAGGGAAAGAUGUUGAUGGUUUCCAUGUGGUCAAUGUUGGCCGCAUGUGUCUGGAUCAGUCAACGAUGCUGCCUGCCACUCCAUGGGGGGUUUGGGAGAUUAUCAAACGCACCGGCAUACAGACCCUGGGUAAGAAUGUGGUGGUGGCUGGUCGCUCCAAAAAUGUUGGGAUGCCCAUUGCAAUGCUGCUGCACACAGACGGCAGACAUGAAAGGCCAGGAGGUGAUGCUACGGUGACCAUCUCCCACCGUUACACUCCCAAAGAACAGCUCCGUCAGCACACACAGAUCGCGGACAUUAUCGUUGCUGCUGCAGGUAUUCCCAACCUCAUCACUGCUGACAUGAUAAAGGAGGGUGCCGCUGUUAUAGAUGUUGGCAUCAACAGAAUAUUGGACCCCUUGACUGGGAAAAAUAGACUUGUUGGUGACGUGGACUUUGAAGGUGUUCGGAAGAAGGCCAGCUACAUCACUCCAGUUCCAGGCGGCGUCGGACCUAUGACCGUAGCCAUGCUAAUGAAAAACACCAUUAAGGCGGCGAAAAGCAUCGUUUUAACGCCCCCUCAGCAAAUUCGGAUGGCAGCGUCCUCAUAACAUCACCACUUCAUUUUGAGGGGCUCCUGGUGGAAAAUCUAUAUUUAUAAUGGCUAUUCUUGCAUCCCAUUAUAGUCUAGUUAAAUAUAUUUAAAGGUUUGAGAAAAUGAAUGUGCCUUUUCAUUAAGAUCUUAAACAAAACCUAUAUUAUUUAGUGUAUGUUUUGCAGUUACCCGGCCAAGCUUUAAACACUUCCACUUCUGUUUACACUGUUACAGCUUUGAUUUUGAGCUCUCUGUAUAAGUAUUAUAAGAGGAGAUUGCCAGACAUUUCUGAAGCAUAUUUAUUAACAAGAAAACACUUAAGCAAUGCUCUACAUAAAAUGCAGUCAAUUUAUUGUUAUUAUUAUUAUUCCCACUUGAUCCAGCCUUUUGAGGAUGCAAAGAGUGAUGAUAAAGGAGCAACGGAUGGGAACAUACAGAACCUCUUAGAAAAGGAGAGGUAAUUUGGCUAAAUCUAGCCAAUGUGGUGCUUUGGUAGCUGUAUGUUCCAGUGACAGGUAUUGAAGUCAGAAUUGUUUUGCAUACUAACGUAAUGGCUUUCAAGCACUACAAUAAAUGGAUCAUAUGUGAACAGC